AUUCAAAAGAGGAAGAAGGUCGCAUCAUGACGAGCUUGCCUCUUGCUUGAUGCCAACCAAGAUGACCAAAAACAACGGCAAAUACUUCAUCAUCACAUCAAUCACAUCCUUCACAGCACUACAUAACUGUUACAGAUACUCGAGGGUCUGCAAUCCAUUAUCUACAUUUAUUGACUGUGAUAUACCUUAGCUACUAACUAGCAAUCAAGCUCCUACCUAUCAUGUCCUCCUCGGCCAUCUUUCAACCAGCUGUCCGAACGCGGAUUACCUCGUUACUCCAAUGCAAAUAUCCCUUGCUCCUUCCUGGAAUGAGUUGGAUCUCCACGCCUCGAUUGGUCGCGGCGGUAUCCAAUGCGGGUGGAUGUGGCAUUCUGGCGACGGGUCCUCUGAGUCCAGACGAAACGCGGGAAUCCAUUCGGGAAAUUCGUUCGUUGACCGAUCAACCCUUUGGCAUUGGCGCCACCUUGCUCAUGCCGGGAGCGACGGAAAAUGCACAAGUGGCACUGGAAGAACAAGUUCCACUCAUCAAUGUCAGUUUGGGAAAACCCGAUUGGAUUGCUCAAGAGGCACAUGCGUAUGGAGGCAAGGUCCUGGCAACCGUCACAAAUGCCAAGCACGCGACGAUUGCCUUGGAGGCGGGUGCCGAUGCUCUCAUGGUCACGGGACACGAAGCGGCGGCGCAUGGUGGAGAUGUCACUUCGCUCGUACUCAUUGCCGCCAUGGCACAACAAUUUCCAAAUGUCCCGUUAGUCGCUGCCGGUGGAUUUGCCAAUGGGCGAGGAUUGGCCGCGGCAUUGGCAUUGGGAGCCGAUGCUGUUGCCAUGGGAUCUCGCUUGGCCGUGACACAAGACAGUCCACUGGCGGAAUCCGUCAAGGAAGCAGUUUCGGACCAUGCAGUGACCGAAGCCGACACGUUGUACGGCAAAAAUUUUGAUGGCAUUCCGGCGCGUGUAUUAAAGACACCCAUGGCCUCACGCCGCAUGAAAAAUCGUCCCAAUCCACUGUCGGUGCUUGCACGAGCCUUUCAAGCCGCCGGGGACAUGAAGGUACCGCUCUGGAAAAUUUUACCCGGCAUGUUGGUGGAAUACGACAAAAUCUACGCCUUGGCACAAUUUGGGGCCGCCACCCAAGAUAUUCAAGCGGCCACCGUCGACGGAUCCUUGGACAAGGGAGUGCAAUUCAUUGGACAAUCCUGUGGAUUGAUACAAGAUAUUCCCACGGUGCACGAAUUGAUUCAACAAAUUAUUGCCGAGGCUAGACAGACGUCUCUCCAGAAUGUGGCUCGUUUUGAGGAACCAGGUGAUGCGAGUAUUAUUAAUAGUAGUACAGAGGAGUUGGCAUCGUAGAAAGUCAGUCAGUCAACAAUCAUAAACUAGAUUCUUUUGCUUUGCCAUCGUCUCUUUCGGGACGCCAAGCUCUCCCCUCAUAUACUUGCUUGCAGGCGCAGUGAUGGGAUUCUCCCCAGGCAAACCAGUCAGCUGUAUAGCACGGUACUUAAGCCCAAUCAAGCGGACCAAACAUAGCCUCGACAACCGAGUAGGUAUGAGGAGUCAACCGAAUGAACCAAGCAAGCAAGGUCUACUACCUACUAUCUAGUUAGCCAGGUAAUCUGACCUGAAUCUUUAGGCUUGGUUGCCACCACGAAGCAAGAUCCAGGUAUCCACCACUGAAUAUAUUGCUCCAUCCGCUUCAUUUUUCUGUGUUUGCCCCCCAAAAGAAAACCAAACACACUUUGGAUCCUUGUAGUACCUGCAGUGGUCGCUGUUCAAAUUACCAGUACAUCCCGCCGUGGUACUCUGUUUAGCCUGCACUUACUUGUAGGCGUCAAGCUGGCUAUGCAUGCAAGCCGACUGGGAUAAAUACACGCUUGGUUGCUUUUGAAAGGAGACCGUAGGCUUUCGGUCAUACAUACAUGUUGGGCUGCGGGUGUUGAGUCCAGUAGUCUGCUCGUCUCCGGAGCAACCAUAGUUGCAAUUCCUUAAAUUAUUACUGGUUGCCUCACAAUGGAGAUUGGCGUGCUUGGCUCCAAAGUGAGAAACAUCAGCCAGCCAGUGACAAGUCGAGUCCGAGUCACCACUUGCGCAUGUGCCCCACCUGUGCUUCUUGCUUAGUUGCAUCGGUUGUUUGCUCCGUGUAGUUGGAUUGGGGUAGAUCAAGCAACUGCAAACCAAUGUUACCAAGCAAGCCAAGCAGGCCGUAAAUCACACUGUGCAUUCAACGAGCGUCUCUUUUUUCAGUAGGUUUCUAUGCCCAAGCUUUCAGUACGCCAUCAAGAGGUUGCCCAAGGCCAACCAGGUUCAUGGACAACAAGCAAGCCCUCGGUAGGACGUUUCGGCGUUUGAGUAAUUAAUUGUUCCUUAGCCGCCAAGUUGCUACCGGUACCCGCAGGAGUCGAAGAUGGGCAUGCAAAGUAGUGUGCGGCCGAUCAGAUGGACGACGAGGUUCGGCUUCAACUACAGCAGGAUAAGCCGCCGUACAGCACUGGUUGGAGGAGGCAAGGAGAUGCAGCGGAAGCAACCAGCAUGGUUUUUACCCCAGCCUUUGACAUGGCAUGUAUCGUUGCAGGUUGAUCUGGGACGAUACAUUCAGCAAUCGAAGGGGUGGGACAGCAUGCACGAUCGAUCCUUGAGCCAAAGCUGACAUCAGUCAACGCGUGACUAGUCAAAGGAUGUAUCCUCUCUCUCAACUGCCAGUGCUGUGGGCUAAAAGAUACCGACCGGCAACUAAAACGAAAAGAUCGCACCUUUGCUAGCAAUGCUAAUUUAGACAAGAUCGACUAAACCGUCCCG